AUGCAGGCUCACCAGUCUGCUGCCACUCCUGCUGCUGCUGCUGCUGCUGCUGCUGCUGCUGCUGUUGCACAGAAGCAAGCCCCCCGCAAACGGCUGCGGCGGCUACUCACCAGCAGCAGCAGCAGCAGCAGCAGCAGCAGCAGCGGCAGCAGCAGCGGAUCGGAAGAUGAACAGAUCCCGAAGCAGCAGGAACAAAACGCUCGCCAGCAGCAGCAGAAGCAGCAGCAGCAGCAGCAACAACAACAAAAGUCGCAGCAGCAGCAACAGCAGCAGCAGCAGCAACAGCAGCAGAAAAAAGAGCAGCAACAACAGCAGCAACAGAAACCACAGCCGCAACAGCAACAACAGGAGGAACAACAACAGCAGCAGGAACUGCAGCAGAAACAGCAGCAGCAGCAACAGCAGCAGCAGCAGCAGCAACAGCAGCAGCAGCAGCAGGAGCCUCGGAGGCAGCAGCCAGCAGCAGCAAAGGCUUCACCCAAAGUGCCCAAGCUGAUGGCUGCUGCACGGAGGGCCCCUGCUGUGUCUUCUGCUGCAGCAGCAGCAGCAGCAGCAGCAACAGAUGCUGCUUCGCCGUUUCGUGUUGCUGCUGACAAGGCUGCUGCUGCUGCUGCUACAGCAGCAGCAACAGCAGCAGCAGCAGCAGCAGCGCCUGAAGCACCGACAAAGACAACGGCUGCAGCACAAGAAGCAGCAGCAGCAGGCCCCAUAGAAAAAACAGCAGCAGCAGCAGCAACAGCAGCGGAAGCAGAAGCACCAACAGCAACAGAAGCAGCAGAUGCUGGAGAAGCAGCAGCAGCAGCAGCAGCAGCAAAGCAGCAGCAGCAGGCUGAACGCCGCAGGCGGAAGCGAGCUGAUGAGACACCAGGGCGAGCAGAGGAGGAGUCUGAAGCAGCAGCAGCAGCAGAAGCAGCAGCAGCAGCAGAAGCAGCAGCAGCAGCAGCAACAGCAACAGCAGCAGCAGGAGAAGAAGCAGAAGCAGCAGCAGCAGCAGCAGCAGCAGCGGGAGACAAGGCAGCAAGCAGAGGAGCAGCAAGACGAUGGAGAGGGGCUAAAAGAGGGAGAAGGGGAAGGGCCCCGGGGGCCCCGGGGGCCCCCGGGGCCCCCCUUCGGGUGUCUCCGCGGCUAGCGGGAGAAACCCCUAUCCUAGGGUUUGGUAUGUGGGCCCCCCCCAACUGGUACAGUUCUCAGCCAGCAGCAGCAGCAGCAGCAGCAGCAGCAGGAGGAGCAGCGGGAGGAGGAGCAGCGGGAGGAGGAGGAGCAGCAGCAGCAGGAACACCUGCUGCUGCUGCUGCUGCUGCUGCUGCUGCUGCUCCACAGGGUGAAGCCCCGCUGGAUAACUCGCAUGCAGAGACAGCCUGGAUUGAUGCCAGCAGCACCAGCAGCAGCAGCAGCAGCGGCAGCAGCGACAGCAGCAGCAGCAGCAGCAGCAGCAUGCUUUCUGCUGAUCCACACAGUAAACAGCAAACUGAGGGGGGUACCCGGGGGGCCCCUGCAGAGGCCCUGGGGGCCCCUGAGCCUCCUGGGGGGCCCCCAAGCAGCGCUGCCACCAUGCCUGCUGCUGCUGCUGCUGCAGCAGCAGAAGCAGCAGCAGCAGAAGGAACAGCAGCAGCAGCAGACAGCAAAGCAGCUGAAAGAGGAAGGAGCCGCAGCUCCGACGCCCCGCCUUCAGGUGGGGCUGCAAGGCGGCGCCGUGGGGGCCUCAGCCGCAGGGCGAGCGAAACUAUAGACAGCAGCAGCAGCAGCAGCAGCAGCAACAGCAGCAGCAGCAGCAGCAGCAGCAGUACAGAUGACAGCAGCAGCAGCGGCAGUGCAGAUAGCAGCAGCACCAGCAGCAGCACCAGCAGCAGCAGUAGUAGUAGUAGCUGCAGUACAGAUAGCAGCAGCAGCAGCUGCAGCAGCGCAGAAAGCAGCAGCAGCAGCAGCAGCAGCAGCAGCAGCAGCAAGGCUCUGACAGCUGCUCCUUUGAUAGCUGCUGCUGAAGCCCAGCCCCCCUGCAGCAGCAUUAACGAUGGUGAUACAGAUACAGCGAGGGGGGCCCCCCACCAGCUGGAGGGGGCCCCCCCUGCCUCUCUAAGCAGCUCUGGGGGGCCCCCCCAGGGGGCCCCCCCUUCUCGCCGAGGGGUACGGGGGCGUCCCCGCCUGAGGGGAGUAGGGGGGGCCCCCAGGGGGUCAGGGGGGCCCCCGCGAGGAGGAGGGGGGGCCCCUAGAGGAGGGGGGGGGGCCCCCAAAGGAGCAGGGGGGGGGGCCCCCAAGGCAGCAGCGGGGGGGGCCCCCAAAGCAGGCGGGGCGCAGCCUGUCUCCUCCCCUGGAGGGCAGGAGCUGCAGCAGGAGCUGCACCAGCUGCAGCAGGAGCUGCAGCAGCGGCAACUGCAGCAGCAGCAGGAGCUGCAGCAGCUGCAGCAGCAGCAGCAGCAGCGGAGGGUAGUUUUGCCCUCUGCUGCUGAAGCCGUAAAGGGAUGGGUCUCCUUCGCUGUGAUAGUAUAA